AUGAGUGAAACUGAAACCUCCAAUUCAGCCCCCAAGAACGAGACCCCAAAAGAGGUAGAACCAGCGCCAAAGCAAAAGCAAAAGCAAAAGAGUGAAAGCAAUUCCGAGGAUUCUAUUUCAGCUGCAAAGAAGUUGAAAACCGAACAAGAGCAAGACCCAGGAGUUGAUUUAGGUGAAGGGAACAAGGAUAGUGGGGUCAAUGAGCCAAAUUCAGGUGGUAGGGAAAUGGGUUUUAAGAUUGAAGCUGAUGCAGCCGAGGAUAAGGGGUUACGGCACGCCAUGGAGGACGCUUGGGUUGUGCUCUUGGACGCAAGCUUGGAUUUUCCGGGAAAAUUGAGAUGUGCGCAUUUUGCAAUUUAUGAUGGGCAUGGAGGUCGAUUAGCUGCAGAGUAUGCUCAGAAGCAUUUACAUACAAAUGUGCUUUCAGCCGGAUUACCACGUGAGUUGUUGGAUGUAAAAGCAGCCAAGAAAGCCAUACUUGAUGGUUUUCGGAAAACUGAUGAGUCUCUUCUUCAAGAAAGUGCUGCAGGGGGAUGGCAGGACGGUGCUACAGCUGUAUGUGUUUGGAUAUUAGGAAAAACCGUUUUUGUUGCCAACAUUGGGGAUGCAAAAGCUGUGGUAGCAAGAUCAUCUCCUGCUGAGGGAUUGAAGAAUGGAUCUGAUGAAGCAUGUCAUCUGAAGGCCAUUGUUUUAACAAGAGAACACAAAGCUAUCUAUGCACAAGAGCGUGCUCGUAUUCAGAAGGCUGGUGGUAAUGUGAGUUCAAAUGGACGACUACAGGGGCGCCUUGAAGUUUCUAGGGCCUUCGGAGAUCGCCAUUUCAAAAAGGUGGGUGUUGUUGCAACCCCAGAUAUUCAUUCAUUUGACCUUACAGAGAGAGAGCACUUCAUAAUUCUUGGUUGUGAUGGCCUCUGGGGGGUAAUUGGACCAAGUGAUGCUGUUGCUUUUGUUCAAAAACUUUUGAAGGAGGGACUACCUGUUUCAACUAUUAGCCGCCGUCUUGUAAAAGAAGCUGUGCGUGAACGGCGCUGUAAAGAUAACUGCACUGAAUACCCGGCUACUGGCUAUGAAGCACUGUGA